AUUUUCAGGAUGCGUAAGGAAGGACUGUGAAUGCUUGUGACUAAAGUAGAGCAGAGCGAAGUACGCCAGCUCGUAGACGCUUUUAAAUCUGAAGGCUCAUUUGAUAAACUAAGGCGAAAAAUUUUCAGCACGAUCGCCGCUACUGAUCGUUACCAAAAAGUGGUGUUAAAUGCUGAAGAAAUUGUUGACGAUUUAUUAAAGACAUCUGCACCAGAUCUCACGAAAAAUAAAGCACUCGAUAUACUCAGGAAGAAGCUUUUUGCUCUGCACAGUACGCAGUAUGGCAUUAUGAUCACUGAAGGUUUGGAUGCUAGUGAAACGUUAUGUAGCUUAUUGGAAGAAAUCGGCCACUAUGUUGAUUCGUUUCUUGGCCUAACAAAAAAGGAACUGCUUGAAAGUAUUCAAUCGCAGCAGCCCAUUGAAGAUCACGAAGUUUGUGAUAUGGAAAUAGAUUCAGAUUCCGAGCAAAGCCCUCAAAUUAGUGCAACCAAAGAGACUCCUUUGUCUGAUAUAGCUCUUCCGCCAACUGCUUAUCCAAAUUCAAAUUUAUCCUCGACAAUGUCAUUUCCUCAUGCUGCGCUUGCUGAGAUGCCAUCCGUUCCAAGCACUACAAGCUUUUUUAAUUCUAUGGCCAGUAUCGCUUACGCUAAGUCGACAGAUGAAAUGAUAACUGCUAGAUCAAAACCGUUUCCCAAACAUUCUGGAUGUGGGGAUAUUGAUGCUUCAGUUACUUCGUACCAAGCACAAAAAUCGUCACAAAGAAAUUUUACUCCAACUCGAGCGCAGCAGUAUCAUCCAAGCAUUACGUGACAUCAACUGUGCAGUAUCAUGCAAGGCGUCGACGUAAAACUUGUAAUGGAGACUUUGUACCCUAUUGAUAGAACUACCUCUCGACAAUUGUGAUACCCUUCAUAUUCGAGCUUAUGUUGUUUGCAACUGUAAUCACUUUUUUUUUUUCAUAGGGAUCAAGCUUUCCAUACUUUUUCGUGGUUGUCCCUUUUUCGGUUUUCUGUUGCCUCUAACUCGUUUGUCUUUCAAAAU